AUGGCCGACAGUCAGCUGGUGGUCUCCGCCUCCGUCAACGUUGAGAAGGGCCACAGCAGCUCCGAUGAGUCUGUCAAUGAAUAUCUCGGUUUCGACUCCCGUACCGAUGGCGAGAUCCGUGAAUUGGCCCGUACAUUCACCAAUACCUCUCAGGCCGACAGUAUCAAGACCAAAUCCUCCGUCGACUUGCUCAAGUACUUGUCGCACAUGUCUGAGGUGCCAGGUAUUGCGCCAUAUUCCGAUGCUCCCGAGGCUUUGGACCCCGAUAGCCCCAAUUUCGACGCCAAGUUGUGGGUCAAGAACAUGCGUAAAUUGUAUGAGUCCGAGCCAGAAUACUACAAGCCCUCCAAGUUGGGUUUAGCCUACCGUAACUUGCGUGCCUAUGGUGUGGCCACCGAUUCCGACUACCGUGCCACUGUCCUCAAUGCCCCAUUGAAGUAUGCAAUGGACAAGUACCGUGACAUUUUCUCUAAAGACGACGAUGAAUCUCGUUAUUUCGACAUCUUGAAGACCAUGGACGGUAUUUUCCGCCCCGGUGAGCUCACCGUCGUCUUGGGUCGUCCAGGUUCUGGAUGUUCCACCCUUUUGAAGACAAUCGCUGCCAGCACCUAUGGUUUCCACAUUGGCAAAGAGUCCAAAAUCACCUACGAUGGCUUUACACCCGAUGAAAUGGCAAAAAACCACCGUGGUGAUAUCGUCUACUCCGCUGAAACAGAUAUUCACUUCCCACAAUUGUCUGUCGGUGACACCUUGGAGUUUGCUGCCCGUAUGAGAACCCCUCAAAACAGAGGACCAGUUUCGAGAGAAGAAUAUGCCAAGCACAUGGCUUCUGUGUAUAUGGCUACUUACGGUUUGUCACACACACGCAACACCAAAGUUGGUAACGACUUUAUCCGUGGUGUUUCUGGUGGUGAGAGAAAGCGUGUUUCCAUCGCCGAGGCUUCUCUUUGUGGUGCCAACAUCCAAUGUUGGGAUAACGCUACCCGUGGUUUGGACGCUGCUACUGCUUUGGAGUUUAUUCGUGCUUUGAAGACUUCUGCUGCUAUCAUUGAUGCUACGCCCUUGAUCGCCAUUUACCAAUGUUCUCAAGAUGCCUACGACCUCUUUGAUAAUGUCAUUGUCUUGUAUGAGGGUUACCAAAUUUUCUUCGGUCGUGCUCAGAAGGCAAAGGAGUUUUUCAUCAAAAUGGGUUACGAGUGUCCUCAACGUCAAACCACCGCUGAUUACUUGACUUCUCUUACCAACCCAGCUGAGAGAGUUGUCAUCCCUGGUUACGAGAACAAGGUUCCUCGUACUCCAAUUGAGUUUUCUGAAUACUGGCGCAAAUCUCCCGAGUAUGCUGCUCUUACCGAGAAGGUUGACAAGUAUAUUGCAGAAGCCGAGGCCGGUAACUUCAGAGAAGAUUACCUCAAAUCCCAUGAGGCGAAACAAGCUAACCACAUUUCCCACAAGUCUCCAUACACCGUUUCAUUCCCAAUGCAAGUCAGAUACAUCGUUGGAAGAAACUUCCUACGUGUCAAAGGUGAUCCUUCGAUUACCAUUUUCUCUGUCUUUGGUCAAGGUGUUAUGGGACUUAUUCUUUCAUCUGUGUUCUACAAUUUACAACCCACGACUGGAUCAUUCUAUUAUAGAGGUGCAGCCAUGUUCUUCGCUGUUUUAUUCAAUGCUUUUGCCUCCCUUUUGGAAAUCAUGUCUUUGUUCGAAGCUCGUCCAAUUGUCGAGAAACACAAGAAGUACGCUCUCUACCGUCCUUCUGCAGAUGCUUUAGCUUCCAUUGUCUCUGAAUUGCCUACCAAGUUCGUCAUGUCCAUCUGUUUCAACUUUUCGUUCUACUUCAUGGUCAAUUUCCGUCGUACACCCGGAAAUUUCUUCUUCUACUGGUUCUGUUGUGUCCUUUGUACUUUGGCAAUGUCUCACAUGUUUAGAUCACUUGGUGCUGUUUCGACCUCCUUGGCUGGUGCUAUGACUCCUGCUACCUCGGUUUUGUUAGCUAUGGUCAUCUACACCGGUUUUGUGAUCCCAAAGCCAAGUAUGUUGGGUUGGUCCAAAUGGAUUAACUACAUCAAUCCUGUUGGAUACGUCUUUGAGUCGCUUAUGGUUAAUGAGUUCAACAACCGUGAAUUCUUGUGCACAACUCUAGUUCCACAAGGUCCCGGUUACUCAUCUUCUGCGUCAUCUGGCAAUGUUUGUAACACCAUCGGUGCUGUCCAGGGUGAGGCUUAUGUCCUGGGAACAAGAUACAUCAACACAGCUUUUGAGUACUACGCUUCUCACAAGUGGAGAAACAUCGGUAUCAUCAUUGGUUACAUCGUUUUCUUCUUGUUUUUCUACAUCGCCCUUACUGAAUUUAACAAAGGUGCAAUGCAAAAGGGUGAAAUCGUUUUGUAUUUGCGUGGACACUUGAAGGAUAUGAAGAAGAGAACACAAGCUAAGAUGGCCUACAACAAUGACCCAGAGAACCAAUUGCCAAAUGAAAAGAUCAGUUUGCAAGAUGCUGCUAACUCUUCCGACACCUCAACCCCCUCCAAUGAAAAGGGCAAAUUUGACGAGUCUCGCCAAAUUUUCCACUGGAGAGAUUUGACCUACUCCGUUAAGAUCAAAUCUGAGGAUCGUGUGAUUUUGAAUCAUGUUGAUGGUUUCGUCAAGCCUGGUCAAGUUACUGCGCUUAUGGGUGCUUCCGGUGCUGGUAAAACCACUCUUUUGAACUGUUUGUCUGAGCGUGUCACAACUGGUGUUAUUACAGAUGGUGUUCGUAUGGUGAAUGGUCACUCAUUAGACCUGUCGUUCCAAAGAUCCAUUGGGUACUGUCAACAACAAGAUAUUCAUUUGCAGACGUCCACUGUCAGAGAGGCGCUUGCAUUUUCGGCUUAUUUGAGACAACCAAAAGACGUUUCGAAGAAGGAGAAGGAUGAGUACGUUGAUUACGUCAUCGAUUUGUUGGACAUGAACACAUACGCUGAUGCUUUGGUUGGUGUUGCUGGUGAGGGUCUUAACGUUGAACAACGUAAAAGAUUAACCAUCGGUGUCGAAUUGGUCGCAAAGCCAGAAUUAUUGUUGUUCUUGGACGAGCCAACUUCCGGUUUAGAUUCCCAGACUGCUUGGUCUAUUUGUAAAUUGAUGCGCAAAUUGGCCGACCACGGUCAAGCUAUUUUGUGUACGAUUCACCAGCCAUCAGCUAUCCUUAUGAAAGAAUUCGAUCGUCUUUUGUUUUUGCAAAAGGGUGGUCAAACUGUUUAUUUCGGUGAUUUGGGAGACAACUCUAAGGUUUUGAUUAACUACUUUGAAAAGUAUGGUGCUCAUCCUUGUCCACCUGAAGCAAACCCUGCCGAGUGGAUGUUGGAAGUGGUGGGUGCAGCUCCAGGCUCGCAUGCCACUCAAGACUACUUUGAGGUUUGGAAAAACUCUUCUGAGUAUCAGGAAUUACAGAAUGAAUUGAGCUACAUGGAGACGGAGUUGGUGAAGUUACCUGUGAAAGAAUCUGAAGACUCACACUUGAAGUACGCGGCUCCUUUUGUUACCCAGUAUUUGUUGGUGACUUGGAGAACUCUUCAGCAAUUGUGGAGAACCCCAUCUUACAUCUAUGCCAAGAUCUUCUUGGUCGUUUCAGCAUCCUUGUUCAAUGGUUUCUCUUUCUUUAAGGCUGGAACCUCCAUGCAAGGUUUGCAGAAUCAAAUGUUCUCUAUUUUCAUGUUCUUCAUGCCUUUCCAAACUAUCAUUCAACAGAUGUUGCCUUACUUUGUCAAACAGCGUGAGGUUUAUGAGACUCGUGAGGCACCCUCAAGAACCUUCAGUUGGGGUGCAUUCAUCUUAGCUCAAAUUACUUCCGAGAUUCCAUACCAGUUCCUCAUUGGAACAAUUGCUUACUUCUGUUGGUACUAUCCUGUUGGACUCUACCAGAAUGCAGUUCCAACCGACACAGUUAACGCAAGAGGUGCCCUCAUGUGGUUGUACAUCACUGCUUUCUAUAUUUUCGCUUCGACCAUGGGUCAUUUGGCUGUCUCAUUCAAUGAGCUCGCAGACAAUGCCGCCAACUUGGCCAACUUGUUGUUCAUUAUGUGCUUGAACUUCUGUGGUGUUUUGGCCGGACCAAAGGUUUUGCCUGGAUUCUGGAUUUUCAUGUACAGAGUGAGUCCUUUCACCUACUUGGUGCAAGGUAUGUUGAGUACUGGUUUGGCUAAUACUUCUGUGACGUGUCUCCCACGUGAGUAUGUCCUGUUCGAGCCACCUCAGGGCAUGACUUGUGGCCAAUACAUGGAACCUUAUAUCACUCAAAUGCGCAUGGGCGGAUACUUGGUCGACAGUAAUGCAACUUCUGACUGUUCGUUCUGUCUGAUCGCACAGACUAAUGCAUUUUUGGCAUCUGUCAACUCAUUUUAUGAUCAGAGAUGGAGAAACUACGGUAUUUUCAUUUGCUUCAUUGCCUUUAAUAUUAUGGGUGCCGUUUUCCUCUACUGGCUCGCCAGAGUUCCUAAGGGAACUAGAGAGAAGAAGAAGAAGAAGCAGGAAUAG